AUGGAUAUGCACGCCGGCAGCCAGCUGGUGAUGAUGACCGCACCGCCUCCUUCCAGCGGCGGCGGAGGCACCGCGGCGGCGGCGACGAGCAGCCGGUACGAGAACCAGAAGAGGAGGGACUGGAACACGUUCUGCCAGUACCUGCGGAACCACAGGCCGCCGCUGAGCCUGCCGAUGUGCAGCGGGGCCCACGUGCUGGAGUUUCUGCGGUACCUGGACCAGUUCGGGAAGACCAAAGUCCACUCCCAGAGCUGCCCUUUCUACGGCCUCCCCAACCCUCCCGCACCCUGCCCCUGCCCUCUCCGCCAGGCCUGGGGCAGCCUCGACGCCCUCAUCGGCAGACUCCGGGCCGCCUACGAGGAGCACGGCGGCAGGCCCGAGUCCAACCCAUUCGGCACUCGGGCCGUCAGGAUCUUCCUCAGGGAGGUCCGGGACUUCCAGGCCAAGGCCAGAGGGGUCAGCUACGAGAAGAAGCGCAAGAGGCCCAAAUCCGCCGCCAAGCUCCCAAUCGCUGAUGUUGCUUCCGCCACCACCUCACCGCUGCCACCACCACCACCCUCUGCUUGA